AUGUCUCUUUGUAAAGAAGUUUUGAACUGGCAGCGUUUCUUCGUUGCGGCUGGCAUUCCAGGUGCAGUUGCAUUAAAGUAUUCAAAGUCGUUUGCUGAACAGCGAAUGAAAUUCACAAUGUUAAAAGAACUAGAUAAAUCAGUGCUGAUGGAUCUCGGUGUUACAACAGUGGGUGAUCAGUCCAUGCGAGUUUCAGAAAAAAAAAACAUAUCGACUGCGCCAGACCGUGACGAUAUUUAUCACAUCCAUCUUCCAGCUGGUACCACACCAAAAACCCAGGCCAUUCUUCAAAAGCAUAAUAUGUUGAAAUCUGCAGGUUUGCUAAAGCGUGGAUCUAGUGGUGUGCGACGAUCCGGGAAAGAAAUUGUUCGGAUACCAAGCCACAAUAAUAAAUGGAAUCACAGCAACAUGGCGCGGAAAACAUCCAAAGAUGUUAAUAUGGUUGACUCAUCAGGUAAAUACUGAGU